AUGAUCCCCAACGACGAUGGCGGUGGCGACGACGACGACGACGACGAUGAUGACGUGAACCCGGGGCUGAGCUCGUACGCCGGGCGGCCCCAGGAGGCCGCCAAGUCGAUCGAACCUCUGCUCGAGAAGGCCGAGAGCGUUGUGCCUGGGUCGCUCAUGAACAGAACACCCCUUAAACUAGGGGCGACGGCUGGACUCAGACUCAUAGGAGACGCCCAGGCCGAGCAAAUUCUUGAAGCCGUCAGGGGUGUUGUCCACACCAAGAGCAAAUUUCAGUAUAAUCCUAGUUGGAUCAAUGUUCUCGAGGGAUCUCAGGAAGGAUCUUACUUAUGGGUUGCUCUAAACUAUCUGUUGGGUAAACUGGGAGGAGAGUACGCCAAGACGGUAGGUGUAAUUGACCUUGGAGGUGGGUCCGUGCAAAUGGCAUAUGCCAUUUCUGCAGAUGCUGCUGCUGCCGCUCUCAUAAUUAAGGAUCCGUAUGUCACGAAAGAGUAUCUCAAAGGAAGAGAUUAUAAUGUCUAUGCUCACAGCUACUUGCACUACGGCGCAAUGGCUGCUCGAGGAGAGAUCUUCAAGGCAAAGAAUGGACCUAUCAGCUACUGCAUGCUGCGCGGAUUCAUUGGUAAAUACACUUACAACGGAGAUAAGUACGACGCGGUCGCCUCGCCAACGGGAGCAGCAGAUGACAAGUGCAGAGAUGAUGUGACCAAAGCACUAAAGCUGAGCGCACCUUGUGAAGCAAAUAACUGUACCUUCAAUGGCGCGGGGAACGGCGGCGGUGGUGCCGGCCAGGCCGACCUCUACGCAAGCUCAAGUUUCUGCUACAUGGCAUCAAGGGUUGGAUUGAUCGACAGCAAGGCUACCAGCAGGAAGACAACCCCUGCGGCAUACAGGGCCGCCGCCGAGAAGAUUUGCCUGUUUAGCUUGGAGGAAGCAAAGGCUUCGUACCCAAGGGCCCGAGCCACCGACGUGCCCUACAUUUGCAUGGACCUCGUCUACCAGUACUCCCUGCUCAUGGAUGGAUUCGGUUUGGAGCCGACGAAGGAGAUCACAGUGGUAGAGAAGGUGAAGCACGGUGAAUACUUCAUCAAAACAGCGUGGCCACUCGGAGAAGCUAUUGAGGCCGUGUCGCCCACCAAGCGGCUCCAGGAUGCGUGA